AUGACAGAUGGCAGUGCUAAUACUCUCCAAUCUCCCAGGCAAUCGAAGCUCUCGCCCACCCAGCUGGACGAGUUGCAAAAAGCAACCCAUUUCGACAAGAAGGAGUUGCAGCAAUGGUAUAAAGGUUUCCUCAAGGACUGCCCUUCUGGCACAUUGACCAAGGAGGAGUUCCAGAAGAUCUAUCGACAAUUCUUCCCGUUUGGAGAUCCGUCGUCCUUUGCCAAUUACGUGUUCCGGGUCUUCGACUCGGACAACAGUGGAAUGAUUGAUUUCAAGGAGUUCAUCUGCGCCCUGUCGGUGACGUCGCGGGGCAAGAUGGAGGACAAGCUGGACUGGGCCUUUCAACUGUAUGAUAUUGACGGGGAUGGCAAGAUCACUUACGACGAGAUGCUGGCCAUUGUCGAGGCGAUCUACAAGAUGGUCGGCUCGAUGGUCAAGCUGCCCGAGGACGAGGAUACCCCUGAGAAACGGGUGCGCAAGAUCUUCCGAAUGAUGGACAAGGACGAGAAUGGCAGUCUGGACAUUGAAGAAUUCAAGGAAGGGAGUAAACGGGACGAGACUAUUGUCAGCGCACUGUCGCUGUAUGAUGGGUUGGUAUAG